AUGGCCGUACCCUCUCCUGCACUAUUAUCCAUUGUUGAGCUACACACAUCCCACACUGUGGCCAGUGCCAUCCUCUAUUCUCUUGCAUGUUGCAUGCUGGGGCAGCAGGUUGAGGGUCGCAGAUCCAACAGAUUCAAUAAACUGAUCCGCAUGGCCAGUAAUGGUGUGGGGAUUGAGCUGGACUGGCUUAAGGUGGUGUUAGAGGACUUAGUCCAGAGCUCAGUUCAUCAAGAGUCUGUGAUCAUGGCACAGGUAAUGUUUGCACUCUUCGCACUUUUUCUGGUUUCAGUCUGCACAGGACAGGACUUUUGUGCGGGAAAGUGUCCCCACUACAAAGUACUCGAGACCUACCCGGACUUUGAGGUGCGCUUAUAUGACGCUUCCACCUGGAUUACUACCAAGAUUGACAGCUCCCGGUCCAGUGAUGUCCUCGCUGCAAAUUCACGGCUGAAGGAUUAUGCCAAGAAGCAAACUGAAGCAGGUUUUGAGAUCUCUAGUGACACUUGGCCUGCACUGGUCAAGGUCACAGAUGGUAAAGGUGAUCCUGAAUUUUCCUUGUCCUGGUUUAUUCCUCCUGGUACCACAAAACCUGAAAAUUCUGAUCCCUUGGUCCAACUGGAAAGUAAACCUGAAGCCACCCUGUAUGUAAGGUGA